CGACCGGAUCGAAGGAUAAUUUGUGAGGACAGGUGUAUUCCGCGCCGAUGAUUAACCCGUUAACCAUUUUAGCGCAGAAAACGUGAAAUUUAAUGGAGGUUUUUAAUAAAGUUAAAAGAAAUGACAAACGGAGGCGUUGCAUGUACUAUUCCAUUCACUAACACACACACAGUGACAGGGUAAUGUUCAGUGCUCGAUAUGUUCUACGACGAUGAGAAUAUAGAAGCAUCGUAAGAGAAACACCUGUUGCUCGUAUUCGUCGGAAUAAUGACCCAUCUACUAAAAAAUGUGACGAAUAGUAUUUGGCACGCGUUUCACGCGUUGCAAGGUGAUACACCUGAUCUUGUCGCUAAAUCAAAGUUGAAGGUGUUAACAGCCAACAUCGGCACGUUAAUGGACUUAUAUGGUGUUGAAAAAGGUCUAGAACAUUACCGCAGUACUCAGAGUCUCACUUUUGACCAAUACAUUUUUUAUUUACAAAAGGAGGUUUUCUCAUCUAUUACCGAUGCAACUUCAAUACAAAUACACAGGUCAUUGGAAGAAGGAAUCGAUGAAAUAUGUUGGUUAAUUUGUAAAAGAAUGUAUUUAGAAAGAUCGCAUCCAAUAUUUGAACCCAAUAGUGUCUAUCAAUUAUUUAGAGUAUUCUGUUUAUUGGCUGAACCGGAAUCAGAUAACAUGGAUUUUCAUAUGAUUGCAAUGCAUACAGAUGAAGUUGCUCAAAUCGCUUCUCAUUUGGUAACAUCGUUAGGAUUGCAAUGGGAUGCAGCAGAUUUCUCAGCUUUAUCAGCAGCUAUUGGAACAUUUAGGUUUCCUACAUUCCUGGCAGUUUUGGAAUCCAAAUACAGCGGUGGAAGAACUUCGGAUAACAUAGCAUUGACUGAAGCUAUUGAUGAUCUUUAUCAAAUAUACAUAGAAAAUGUGGUCAAAAAGGGAUAUUUAAUGAAGAAAGGUUUCUUACUUCCAACAUUGAAGUAUUUUUGGUUUGUUCUUCGUCCUGGUGAAUUAUUAUAUUUUAAAGAUUCUCAGCAAAGGGAACCAUCGGGUUCAAUAAUAUUGAGUACAAAUUGUUGGGCCGAUGCAAUUACUACUGGUGGAAAACCUGAUAGAAGAUUCGUACUAAGUACACCUGAACACAGGGCUAUCGAAUUAGUGGCAGAUGAUCACAAAGGACGAUUACAAUGGUUGGCAGCUUUGCAAAUUGCUAUUCAACAUUCCGGUGAAAAAAUUGGUUAUCAAAGAAGUUUAGCUAAUCAAAGGAGAUCUUUAAGACAAUCAGUGAAACAAGAAAAAGAGAAAACAAGACUGGAAUUGCAAUUUGAAAGGCAAGCUAGAAUUGCAGCAGAAAUUCAAGCUAGAAAAUUGGAAGCAUUGUCAAAAGAGGAAGGAGCUAAGGUUCACGAAUUGGAAGAAGCUAAAUUAAAAUUAGAAAAUCUUUUGCAAGAGGAAAAACAAGCAUUGAGAGAUGAAGAAAUAGUUCGAAAUCUUCAAGCGAGAGUUCUUAGAGAAGAAUGGGAAAGAAGAGAGCAAUUAGAAAAAUUACAACAGGAACAACAAGAUUUAUUAGAACUGGAAAAAAUGAAAAGGUUAGAAUUCGAGCGCAAACAGCAAGAAAAUGAACAUCAACUACGAGAUGCAGAAAUGCGAUUACAAAUGUUGGAGGCUGAAAAGCAAAGUUUAGAUGCAGAGCUUCGUGCAGCACAACAAAAGGUAAAACGUGCGGAGGAGGCACAAAUUUUAUUAGAAGCGCAAAUUGUUGUUACUCGUCCGUUAAAGAGCGGAGAAAAAAUUAGACGUACACAAAGCUUUAUACCGACUACGAAGGAGAGACCGUUAUCUGUGGAAAAAUUUGAUCAUAGAUCGAUGACCUUGCAAAAUAAUUGUUGAUGAUGUAUGUUAUUACAUACUGAAUAAGCAAGAAAAGGAGCUGUUACUAUUUCUAUAAUCGUCUGUAUUAAUUGAAAUGAAAUUCUUUUACUACAAAGGUAUAAUUAUGAAAAAACAUAUUGAUAUUAUAUACAACAUUUUGAUGUAUCUUUUAUCAGGGUAUUAACACUAUAGUUCCUUACUCCAAACUUGCCACGUUAUUAAAUUUAGCCAAAGUGCAUAAGAAUUUGUUUUAUAUACAUAUAUAUACAUAUGAUAACGAUAAUGAUUUAAUAUAUAUAAUGAAACUAAUAACGAACAAAUAACAAAUUAAUUUUCUUGUACAUAAAUAUGAAUUUUGUAUAAUGUUUUAGCGCCGUUAGCAUAGCUAAGUUACAAUAAGUAUUAAUUAUUAUGAUAUGCAGAAUAUUUAACAUAAUAUUGUUAUUUAACUUUACAUAU